CCCUCACGCGCCCGGCCGUUUGCUCGGGGAGGCGGGGGCGGUGCUCGCGCGCCAUCGCCGCGGAGGCCGCGCGCGCGGUGGAGGGGGGGCGAGGAGGAGGAGGAGCACGAGCGCGUGCUACAGCCAGCCCGGCGGCGCGCGCCGAGGCGAGCGCAGAGCGGCAGGAGCGGGGGCAGCGGCGGCUCGCGCGCUCCCUGCUCCAACCGCCGGCUCGCGCGCCCGAGUUCGUAGAUGGGGCUGAGCGGCGCCCGCUGAGGAGGGGACGGGGAGCGGGAGCCGGUGCCAGCCGCAGCCAUGCAGCAGGUCCUGGAUAACCUUACUGAUCUACCAACAUCAACAGGAGCUGAAGAAAUCGACUUGAUUUUUCUCAAAGGAAUUAUGGAAAACCCUAUUGUAAGAUCACUUGCUAAGGCUCAUGAGCGACUGGAAGAUUCUAAACUUGAGGCAGUCAGUGACAACAACUUGGAGUUGGUGAAUGAAAUUCUUGAAGACAUAAGUCCCUUAGUAAAUAAAGAUGAAAAUAUUGCAGAAUUAGUUGGAAUACUCAAGGAACCUCAUUUUCAGUCACUCUUGGAAGCGCAUGAUAUUGUGGCUUCAAAAUGUUAUGAUUCCCCUCCUUCUAGUCCAGAAAUCAAUAAUUCUUCGGUGAACAACCAGAUCGUUCCAGUAGAUGCUAUUCGUAUCCUUGGUAUUCACAAAAGAGCGGGAGAGCCACUGGGUGUUACAUUUAAAGUUGAGAACAAUGAUCUGGUAAUAGCACGAAUCCUGCAUGGCGGAAUGAUAGAUCGACAAGGUCUUCUGCAUGUAGGUGACAUCAUUAAAGAGGUAAAUGGCCAUGAGGUUGGAAACAAUCCAAAAGAAUUGCAGGAACUGCUGAAAAAUAUUAGUGGAAGUGUCACUCUGAAGAUUCUCCCCAGCUAUAGAGACACUGUUAUUCCUCAACAGGUUUUUGUGAAGUGUCAUUUUGAUUAUAAUCCAUAUAAUGACAACCUCAUCCCAUGCAAAGAAGCAGGUUUGAAAUUUUCUAAAGGAGAAAUUCUUCAGAUUGUAAACCGGGAAGAUCCAAAUUGGUGGCAGGCUAGUCAUGUCAAAGAAGGAGGAAGUGCAGGACUUAUUCCUAGCCAGUUCUUGGAAGAGAAAAGAAAGGCAUUUGUUAGGAGGGACUGGGACAACUCAGGGCCUUUCUGCGGAACAAUAAGCAGCAAAAAAAAGAAAAAGAUGAUGUAUCUCACCACAAGAAAUGCAGAAUUUGAUCGCCAUGAAAUCCAGAUAUAUGAGGAAGUAGCCAAAAUGCCUCCUUUUCAGAGGAAAACACUGGUCUUAAUUGGGGCCCAAGGAGUGGGGCGAAGAAGCUUGAAGAACAGGUUUAUAGUACUGAAUCCGACUAGGUUUGGAACUACAGUGCCAUUUACUUCACGAAAGCCAAGAGAUGAUGAAAAGGAUGGGCAAGCAUACAGAUUUGUGUCACGAGCUGAAAUGGAGACGGAUAUUAAAGCCGGCAGAUAUUUGGAGCAUGGAGAGUAUGAAGGAAAUCUUUAUGGCACCAAAAUCGAUUCCAUCCUUGAAGUUGUUCAGACUGGAAGGACGUGCAUUUUGGAUGUGAACCCACAGGCCCUGAAAGUGCUGAGGACUUCAGAAUUCAUGCCCUAUGUAGUGUUCAUUGCUGCUCCAGAAUUGGAGACUUUGCGUGCUAUGCACAAGGCUGUAGUAGAUGCUGGAAUUACAACCAAACUUCUCACUGACACUGAUUUGAAAAAAACAGUAGAUGAAAGUGCACGGAUCCAGAGAGCGUACAACCACUACUUUGAUCUGACCAUUAUAAAUGACAACCUAGACAAAGCCUUUGAGAAGCUACAGACUGCUAUAGAGAGGCUGAGACUGGAACCGCAGUGGGUCCCAAUUAGCUGGGUAUAUUGAGAUCUCUGAAGAUGAGCUUAAAUAACAAAAUCAACUGCAGCAAACAUGCUAAUGUGACAUUGUGUAGAUACAAAAGAUAACCUGCAGCGCCUGUGCAUUUUUACUCUGUAUAUUCAAAAGUACACUAUUCUGAAUUUUUAUAGAAAUGUUGAAGGGAAAGUGUACUUAAAUAUGUAAUUUAUUUUAAUUUUUCUAACUUUUUACAGAUAACCUUUCUAUUCAUAUCACAUGAAGGAAAUGCGUUUAAGCAUUUUAGUAUGUUUUGAUUUAGUACCUUUGCCUUUUUCAUCUAAGAAACUUUCAGUCAUUCACUUUAACAUUUACAUCUUGGUCUUACAUUUUCACUGUGAUUAACAAAAAAAAUAUGAUACUUGAAAAUUUUUGUAAAACUCUUGUCAGUGUUUAACUGGUCAAAAGUCUAUAGCUCUUAUUAGGAGGAUAUGCUAAUCUUUUUUUUUCCUUUGAAAGACAUCAAUUUCAUGGGAGCAGAAUUUUAAAUAUCGAAAUCGGCAACCAACACACAGCUCUAUUGCUCCAGCUUCUUUCUGCUUAAUGUUGAUUCAUUCCUGACAUUUCACAAGCUAUUGAUGUCUCUUGAUUUAGACAACUGGUAGGUUCCCUUAUAUGUGUCUCUUAAAAUAAUGUAAAGUGGUACCUUGCAAGCUACUUGUUAGGCUGUGUUCUUGGGCGCCAACCUGUUAGCUUAUAAUGGUUGAAGUACUGAUGUUAGAAAGCCUGUAUGCAAGGUAAUUCAGUGUAAUUUGAAUAAUGGUGAAGUAGCCUGAGAGAGAACUUGAUAACGUGGAGCCUUGUAGAGUGAAGCUUAACGUUUAGGACUAUUUAUGCACACUUGUAAAAACACAUUGCUAAAAGAAAGAACCAUUUUCUUUUCUUAAAACAUUGUUCAAUAUUUGUAUAUUGAUCUGUGACUUAAUUUCUUGUGAUAUUUAGCUGGCUUCUAUAUUAUGUUUUGGAAUAUUUGUGAGUGAUCAGCUGUUGUAUUUUUAUGAAUGUGAUGUAAUGGAAUUUCUGUGCUCUUUGUUACAUUGUGCUUUUAACUGCAUUUUUUCUUUGGAUGGCUUGUGAAUUGGAUGCUGUCAACUGCUAAAGUGCAAUGUUGUUUAUACGUUUUUGUUUUACACUUCCUUUCAUGUUUAUGACAGCUCUCCCCUUAGUAGGCCCACUGAUAUAUUUCAUGUUAGGUCCAAGUUCAUCUGCUAAUUCAUUGAUUCAAAACUUACGCUAAUGUAAAUUUCUGCUUAAUAAGAACAAAAUGAUAAUAUAGCUUGUCAUGAAGACUAGCUGAUUUUGUGACCAUAUUUUAUAUUACUAUGUUAGCUGUUGUAUAUGGUAACAUUUACCAUCAUUUAAUCAGGAUAGGUAUCUAAAUUGCAGUCAUCUAUUUGCUUUAUUUCUUUUCCACCUGGUGGCAGGCACCUGGCUUCUGAAUUCUUUUAAAUACCAAAGUGUGACACAGAAUGCUAUCAAACAGGCAACUUACUCAGAAUUAUCUGUGAAAGAAAAGAGGCUUAUACACUGUAAAAGAGUAUUGUUUCCUGGGGUUUUUAAAGACUUCUAUGUGCACAAGGAAAAGAAACAAGAUUGAGAUAGUAUGGAAAAAUUUUAAGUCUCAGCACCUCCCCUGCACCUGCCAAACUACAGAGGACUUAAAAAUCCCUCUAAAGUUUGGGGGUUUAUGGUGGGGGUUUUUUCUUUCUUUUUUCUUUUUUUUUUUCCUUUUGAGAUCCCAGUAUAUGUUGCAAAUGUUAGUCAAAAUUGUGUAUAGCCUAGGUCAUCUUUGUGGCUCUUAAUACUGAGAUUUCAGUUCUUUAGAGGAACUCUGAAAUUUUCCUUAGAAAAUUUGUACCACUACUUUGUUCCAUUCUUACAGUUUUCAGGAUGUUCUGAUUUUGUUUGGUUUUGGUAGAGCUUUUAGAUGUGGUACCAGCAUGAUACCUCUAUUUGCCUUUCCCAGGGGAAAUAUUCUCUGAUCCUAUUGCUCAGAGGCUGCUUUGAGAAAUGGAUCAAGUAUUGUACGUAGCAGCAGUGAAAGUAGACCAUUGCUUGACUAUUUUAAUGAUUUAAUCCUGGCACUACAUGCUGAACGUGACUAAACUGUGUUUGUAUACUGUGUAAUAGACUGACAUAUGCUGUACAUGAGAUGCGUUAUCUGGACAGAUAUGAUGCCUUUUCAUUAGGAGUUAGAAUAUACUCUAAUUGUCUACUUGUGAUGCCAAAACUGGGCUGAGCUUACCCUUCUCUACUGAAUGGAAUAAGAAGAUUCUUCAGUUUCCACACCACAGUACUGCAAAUAUCACUAACUUUUCUUUUUUUUCCAUAAAUUCACUUAACCAAAUGAAACACAUGAAACAGUCGCCGAGAUUUAGUGAGGAAAAUGUCUCUGCUCUUUUUGUUUCCAUUCUAGAGCUAAUACUGUCAAAAAGGUUCUACGUAGUUAGCAAGUCUCCAAAUACCUGUAUGUCUGCUAAAGCCUAGCUCCACAUAGUGCUUUUAAAUCAAGCAAUUAGUGGCGGUGGAGCCUUGCACCUGAUGAUGUGGUGGUGUUAAUGUAGAUACUAAUGAGAAGCACGUUUAUAAGGCAGUAAGAGAAGAUGGCAUGCUUAGAUUGCGUGCAAGGAUCACAUCAAAGUAUCUGGGUUUCAACUGAUCCACAUGCAAGUUGUAAUAAAAAGUUGCAAGGAAUGUAUUUUUUUCUUAAAUGUUGCAGAUUGCAAGUCCAGUUUGGCAAAUGCUUAUGGUUUAGGAAACGGGUUUUUUUUCUUCAUAAGGAAAAUGAGAUUUUCAUCAGAUACUCAACUUGUCACUAACUAGUAGGAUGACUAGAAUCUGAAUGGCAACUGAACUUGUAUUUAUUUUAAAAAGCCAUUCUUAGAGGGUCUUAGAAUGGAGGUGCCACUUCCAUCAUACAUAGUGGUGAUAGCCUCUACCUGAUUUGGUAGGUUAGAUCAGAAGUUAGAUACCUGUACUUUGUGCAGUUAGCAGAAAGAUGAGUGGAUUGGUUUUGAGCAAGUGAAAAUACUUCAUAUAACAGCUAUUUAAAGUAUCUCGGGGUUUCAAAUAACUAGGGUUUCUGUAUCUCAUUCUGUACUAAGCAUUUAUUUUCCAGAUACUAAUGGGUAAACUUAUGUUGACUGUUAAUAAGAACAGUAGGUAUGUAUGAGCAAGGUGAAGAUGCUGCUAAAUGUUUAAGAUAUGUGGUAUGUAUCACAAGAUAAAUAUUUACGUAGUUUAGAAAAGUAAAUUAUCAAAUAGUUGUCUGUGUAUAUGUAUGUAUGUGGAUGGUUUAAAAAAAACAAAAAAAAAGACAUUCAUGUCUGCAAUCACAUUACUAAUCUACCAUGACUUAAUCCAGAAAUGUACCUGCAUGUGAGACUUUAGAACUGCUACACUUCUCUGUCUGGUUUAUUGUGUUUACUAAUGUAUAUUUUUCUAAAUAUACAAAUAUUUCAAUCUAAAAAUUCUAUAUUUAUCUGUAAUUUCUGUUUUAAGCAGUGCAUGAGGUGCUGUAAAAUUCUGUACAUAUAGAGAGACUUAUAGAAGAAACACUGUAGUUGCCCAGUGAAUGAAAAUUUAUACAUAAAAGUACAGUCAGUAUGCCAAUACCCAUAAGUUAUUCCCUUAAAUGCACCCAAAAUUCCCUUAAGUAUGCACCAAACUCAACUUUAUAUACUUCGGUGCAUGUAUACCCAAGUGAUUACCUUGAUGUUCUCUAAAUGUUACACUAGCAGGUCUACUUUAGUCUGUAAAUACUGUGACAAAAUGCAGUCAAUUAAAGUUUAGUAUGAUAAUUAUAAUGGGACAUGUCAUCUUUCAUAUAUUUAUAAAGGGCUUUAAAAAUGUUCUGCAAAUAUAAAAUGAAAGUAAAAUUGGAGCAGAAUCACAAACUGACACGGGCAGCUCAAAUUUAUAAUCAGUGCAGUAUCCUUCACUUCUGCAGUGUUCUCAGAUCAGUGCAGCUUUGUGUACUUUGUAGUACAAAAGCUUUGUGGAGCUUUGAACUUGUGUUUAUAUAAAUUGCUUAUCUUGGAUAGGCUCAAAAUGUGACUGACUUUAUUCAUGAUCUCUCUCUGUACAAUUCUAACCUAUUCAGUCUUCUAAAAUCACACCUAAAUGAUUUGUUGUACAAACUGCUUGCAGCUCAGUGCUCAUGGAGUCUUCUGUUUUUUUUUUUGUUUGAGGGUGAUACAGAUAAUAAAUGGGAAACCAUUUUUUUCUUUGUUAAAUACAGAAAAUUCCUGGAUAGGUAUCAUUUUGAAACUAAGCUUGUCUCCUCUAUGCUUAAAUAAGAACUAGUGGAGAAUGACCAAGUAAAUGGAGUGCUACUCUGGAAAUCAGGAGACUUGACUUACUGUCUGUCUUUACCUGUGACCUAUUAUGUGAACCUAACCAAAUUCAAACUUCCUUUACCUGUUCCUUGGUUCCUCCUCCUCUUUCAGGUUGAACUUUGAGGCAAAUGCUGUUUCUCAAUACAUCUAUAGUGCCUGCUGCAAUAGAUUUGCCAUCACUCUUUGUGCCUGUAGGUACUGUUUUGAGACAAACUACAGACAGAGGUCUGUUGCAUCUAUAAUGCAAAUGUAUAUAGAUUAUUUGCUUCUUACAGGACUUCUUGCCUCAUCCAAAUUCCGAAAAGUAAACAGUAAAAUAGUUCUUGCCAAACAUGAUGAUACUACUUUUGCAAGAGUGUUGAGUGAGAUGAGUUUAUUCAUGUUUAAAUAGUGGUUAGUGGAUACAAACACUUUUAGUCUGUUAGGCCUCUUGCCUUAAAUAUCCUUCUAGCUGUCAGUCUCUACAGAAAACCUCUCUUGGGCCAUUGAUAAGAUUUCUGUGGUUAAAGCUACUUUCAUUUGCUUUCUCUGGUUCACUGUCAUUAUUGAGGGUGGUGAAAUAAAGUUCUGGACAAAUUCUUCCCCCCCCCUCCCUCCCAGCCUUCUUGAUUAUUUUUUUCAUGUAUUUUUAUUGAGCUUAUUGAUGUGAACUGUUUUUGAUCCUCAACUUGUCUGUAGAUAAAAUAGUGAUGAAUAUAAACAUCAGUAUUUACAAGUGAUAUAACUUACUGUUUGUGGUACCAAGGUAGAUACUAAAAAAGUACAGUGAAAACACUUGUGAAAUAAAUGGCUUUCAGAGGCAACUUUGGCUUCCAAAAAUAUUGUGUGCCCCUCCCCAAUACAUGCAAGCACAUUCAUAUAUAAAUGUGUGUUAUAAAUAGGUGUAUAUAUUUAUUUAUAUAAAUAAAAUUUAGGGGUAAUGUUGCAAAUAAUUCAGACAGUAUCCACUAACUUACUUGAAUUCUCCAUGUUGGACCAUGGUGGGUUACUAUUCCACAAACUGGCACAGGUUAAACUGCUGAAUUUGUAGUUCAUCUACUGGUACUGAAGCUAGAAUUUAGCUGUACAGACUUUAAAAACAAAAUCUCCAGCUUGCUUAAAGGUUGUUAAGGAGUUUCACCUACAAACAUUUUUUUUUAAUUGGAAUGUUUAAGCAAUAUUUAUAUUUCAUGAGAUAAAUUACACUUCAACAGUAAGUAUGCAUUUUGUUCUCAAUAUUUUUAAUUUUUUUUAUCAUACUAGUUGAGUAUGGAGUUCUUUUUGCUCUUAAUGUAAUGGUUGGAUGUGGAAAAUUGACCAACCUGCAAGGCUUAAAAUGGUUGAAAUAGUCCUAGAAACACUUUCUCCGAUUAUUCUUUUAAUGUCAUUAGCUCUGUGCUAAUGACUGCCUGUGCUUUAGGAUGUAAAAUUAGACUGUCUUCAAGGCUGAUCCAAGUAUUUAUUCCAUAGGUAGUCAAGGCUUAUGUAAAACAUGGUAAAACCUCUUCCAAAAACCCAAGCAACUUCCCUGUUGUUUGACCUCUUACAUGAAUUAUAGCAUAGAGCAAAAUUAAUGCCACUGCUUUGAACAGUCCUGGGAAUGGCAGCAUGUUGGCUGCAAAAAAGUUAUUUUUUUGAACUGAUUUUUGUGGAUUUACAUCUUGUACACAAUGGUAUAUGCAGAUAACUGUUCCAAUCUAUUUUUCCCCUUUUAAAAAGCAUGCUGAGAAUUCCUUCUGUCCCCAACCACCCCCAUAUAUUGCUUGUAUGUAACAUUAGUGUACCCUGCUAUAAAAGGGGGGGCCUCUUUCUUAAGUUUUAAAAUACAGGAAGGUUUGUCACCCUCCCACCCUAAACUGGGCUAAGAACUGUAAAAUCUUGGUUAAGUGUUUUGAUUUAAAUGUGUAUUAAAAGUCCAUCACUGUGCAUUUAAGAUUUUACUUACCUUGCUUGUUCUCAGAAAUGUUUUUCCCCUUUUGCAAGCUCUGCAUGUUUUUUUUCUAUAACAUAUUAAACUAAACUGGACUUGACACCUGUAAGACUUUAAAAAACUGCUCUCCUGUGUUUAAAAAAACAAACAAACAAAAAAACCCAACACUUUUCAUUAGCUCAAAACAUCAUACAAAAAAAUCUUAAAUAUUACCUAGACUUUCUAAUGCAAAACAGAAGAUGAUUAACCUAUUUGUUGUUUAAAUACGAUACCAUAGAGCAGACCAAGGAGAUGGGACUUGUUAGCAUUAUUACUUUAUAUUGAUGAAGUCAGCUAUUGUAUAGGAUGUUUUUAAAUCAUAACUUGUUUUCUAAGAUACCCAUUGUCUUUUUCACAACUAGUAUUUCAACGCUAAACACAGCCAAGCAUAAAAGUGUUAUGUACAAAAUUGUGAAAUUCUGUUAAUUCCCAACAAAAUAUUUUUGUAUAUAAUAAAGAUUUAAUAUUAAAAAAA